AUUUUUAUUUUUUUUUGCUCAAAAGAAAGCUUAGGUAUUUUUCUUUAAGAGCUUUGUGGUCGCUUAGUGGGAUGCAACUUGUGUAUCAAUCAAAAUUAGCGUUUAGUAACUCGAAACAGCGGUUUUUUUAAUUUUUAAUAUAUGACCUAUUGUCUUCUUUUUUUCGUAUUAUUGUGUAAGUGUCUCGGAAACCUGAAAAUAAAACUUAUAUGAGAAGGUAUAUACAAUUACCUUUCCAACGGUAUAUAACACGCCUAACCAAAGUUUCAUACCCUCGAUACUGCCAUUCCCGUAGUUAAGGAUGAUUAAGAUUUUUCGUAGUCUAACACAGCAGGUACUCGAUUUUGUGCAUCCAAACUCUUUAUUAAUAGCUUUGCAGAAUUUUGAGUAUUAGAUUUGCAUACCUACUAGCACAAUAUUUAAAAGGUAUGAAGAAUAUGGGAUUUUCCGGUAGUUAAGGAUGAUUAAGAUUUUUCUUUGUACCUAACCACAGCAGAUUCGUCCAAACCUUUUCUCAAUAGAUAUUCAUACCUACUCGCGCAACCUAUAAGUAGCUAUAAUAAAUCAGCUAUAGUUUAUGAAGGCAGUGUAUGGUCAUUUUGAAGACCACUUUUUUAGAAACAGCGUUAAAAUAAAGACUGUGUUAUUUACAUAAUUAAUAUUUUCAGUAGCUAUGGCUCAUAAAAAGGCUAAACUUGAUAAAGAAAUUUUUGCUUCUUUUUGCUUUAAUCCCUUCAACAAAAAAAACCACGUUUCUUCAGAUACACGACGGCUUUCUGACGGCUUAAUAUCAAAAUUCCCUACGCUAUCAAAACGGAUGCGAAUUUGUGGAUCGUGCAGGAAAGAGCUCAGCAAAUUGAAGGAAUUACCGACUUCGAAAAGUAAUGAGCCUUGUGAAGACGUUAUUCCAGAUAGAGACCAUAUUGAAUCUGAGAAGGAUGACCGAAUUUCCGAUGACGAUGGCUCCAACUUUACUGAAGAAAAUAUGACUUCAAGGGAUGAGUGCCAAAACCAAUACCACAAGGAUGCAGUAAAAGUACUUGAGCAAAUAAAAGAAAAGUACAAAACUUCAACUAGUAGAGCAGAAAAAAUUCAACUUCUCACGCUUGCUCCACCGACAUGGAGUCGCGCAAAAACAAUGGCUGAGUUUGGAACAUCAGAAAGAAAAGCCAGGAUUGCUAAAAAAUUAGUUGCAGAGCAUGGCAUACUCACACUCCCAAACACAAAGAAAGGAAAACCUUUAGAGUGCAAAACUGAAGCUCUAGUGACUCAGUUUUAUCAGCGCGAUGAUAUGAGUCGCCUGAUGCCAGGGAUGAAAGACUGGGUGUCUGUACGAAUUGACGGUAAGAAAGUUCAAAUGCAGAAGAGGAUAAUUCUCUGCAACCUGAAUGAGCUGUUCGCGAGCUUUCAAUCUGAACACGAGGAUAUUAAAAUUGGAUUCACAAAAUUUACCCAGCUCAGGCCAAAACAUUGCGUCUUGGCAGGAAGCAGCGGAACUCAUACAGUAUGCGUUUGCAUUUAUCAUGAAAAUGUGAAGCUGAUGUUGAAGGAAAUCAACUUGAAUUAUUUAACAAAUGAUUCGCCGGAAGAUUUGAACAGUUACCGUGAUUGCCUUAAAUUGACAAUGUGUCCUAAUGUAUCAACUUCUUGCCACUUGGGUGAAUGCUCAAAUUGCCCGGGAACUACGUUCAUCAAAGAGAAUUUGGUCAAGUCUUUUGACCGAGAAUUUGUGGAGGAGGUCAAAUUUGAAUCUUGGCUGCAGUCUGAAAGGUGCACAUUGAAAACAGUUAUCUUAAGUGUGGACGAUUUUGUGGAAGAAAUUUGUACCGGAUUGGUAAACUUGAGAACCCAUGACUUUCUAGUCAAGGAGCAGCGGUCAUUCUUCGAAAAUUUGAAGAUACAUUUGCAGGCAGGUGAAUUCGUUAUUUCAUACGAUUUCGCAGAAAACUAUAAAUAUGUUAUCCAGGAUGCCAUACAAGCAUUCCAUUUCAAUAACGACCAAGCAACUAUAUUUACAAUAGUUAUUUACUACAUGAAAGAUGGAAAACUGGAACAUAAAAGUAUGGCAAUCAUAUCCGACGAUUUGAAGCAUGACGCCGUUGCUGUUUAUGAGUACCAGAAGAUAAUACUAAAUUAUCUAAAAUCCGAAUUCACAGUAGCGAAGGUAUACUACGUUUCGGAUGGACCUCGUCAGCAUUUUAAAAACAAAAGUAGCUUCGCAAAUCUUAUGGCUCAUGAAACAGAUUUCGAUACACCAGCUGAGUGGCAUUUUCAUCCUACUGCUCAUGGUAAAGGAGCAUGUGAUGGGCAAAGAAGUACUGUAAAGAAACUGAAAUAAUUUUUAGUAGCAAAGAUGAUCAUGCGGAAACUGCGAAAUCACUG